GCGGAGAGGCGAUGAUGCUCGGCUUCGUGGGGUCCGUGCUGGCGCUGUUCGCAUCUGUCCCCCUCCUGGUAUUUGUGGUUGCUCCUUUCUUCAGGUCUGUGAUUGGUGGGCUUAGACUUGCAGCCUUUUCAGCUCCUGCCUCUGCAACUUCUUCCUUGUACUAAACGGGCUUCGACGUGAUGAGGAAGUUUGUUGCAGGAGGAGUGUGCAAGUCUGCCGCAAAGCUCAAUGGGAAGGUUGUUGUGAUCACAGGGGCCAACACCGGCAUUGGGAAGGAAACUGCCCGAGACCUUGCAGGAAGAGGUGCCAAAGUCAUCCUUGCUUGCAGAGAUAUGGCAAAGGCAGAAUCAGCAGCCUGUGAUAUCCGGACCAAGACAGGGAAUCAGCAGGUUACGGCAAAGAAACUGGACUUGGCAGACACCAAGUCGAUUCGAGAAUUUGCUGAGAAUUUCCUCAAAGAGGAGGAAGAACUCCAUAUCCUCAUUAACAAUGCAGGGGUUAUGAUGUGCCCCUACUCCAAGACAGCCGAUGGCUUUGAGAUGCAUCUAGGAGUCAACCACCUUGGGCACUUCCUUUUAACAUUCCUCUUGAUAGACCGCCUGAAGCAGUCUGCACCAGCACGCAUAGUCAAUGUAUCCUCACUGGCCCAUCAUGGUGGGAGGAUUCGCUUCCAUGACCUCCAGGGCGAGAAGUGCUACAAUCGGGGCCUGGCAUACUGUCAUAGCAAACUGGCCAAUAUUCUCUUUACCCGGGAGUUGGCCAGACGACUGCAAGGCACUGGCGUCACUGUAAAUGCCCUGCAUCCAGGAACAGUCGCUUCUGAUUUAUCCCGCCAUUUAACUAUAUUAGAUAUUUUAUGGAAAUGGUUGCCUUUCUUCUUGAAGACACCGAUGGAAGGAGCCCAAACCAGUGUGUAUUGUGCAGUGGCAGAGGAGCUGGAAUCAGUGAGUGGGAAGUAUUUCAGUGACUGCAAACCAGCAUAUGUAUCUGCUCAAGGGCGCAAUGAAGAAACAGCAAAGAAGCUCUGGGACGUCAGCUGCGAACUAUUAGGCAUCCAUUGGGACUAAAUGAGGCGUGAUCUUUCCCUAGAGUUGUACAUGCCUAGUGAGUUAUUUCUUGGAAAAGGCAAACACUGUCAGAGCUGAAGGGUGCAGCUCCUUCAUGGUCAUUUGAUACCCAUGUUUUGAAUUUUGUUUAUUAUAAAGAGAGCCAUUCAAGGCGUUGAUAUACACAACACAGCUAUCAGCAUGCUCUGGUUUCCAACAUGAGAACAGCCAUCCUCUUCUUGGCUUAAUGCAUAAAUAUGGAAGGAGCAGUUGCCAAAAUUCAAGCAUGCAUUAUACCUAGUCUCUCACUCCUCAGUGAUUUGUUUGAUAAAUUAAUCACUAUUACAUUUAUGUUCCUGAUGGAGGUUAACCGAGAUACUUGCCUGUACUGCUACUUUCUUUAUCUUUUACAAGAAGCCAGCUUUUUGCUGGCCUCUGGAACACAAAAUGUGAUCAGAAUGGUGCAUUGAGAGGUUUAGACCUGCAAAUGAAAUAUUGUUUCUGGAAGCAUUGUAUGAUAGCUAGUUGGGGCCAGUUCAGUUCACUCAUCAUUCAGGGCAAGUUAAACACAUAGGGUUUCGGGUCCAAUUACACUUUUGUUGUGAUGGUAUCACAAAAUGGCUGCUGUGGUGGAUGCUAGCCAUAAAACACACCACAUAAGGCAAACUGCUGAGAUGGAGAUAGGAGUUGCUUGCUCCAAUCAGUAACUCUUGCUUUAAGCCUCCCAUUUUCUAGUCAACCAGCCAAUUCCCACCAAUGCAGAGAAGGCCAGCCUCUCUUUCUAAACCAGUUCUUGAAAAUCUGUUUUGAUUUCCUGCCCCAUGGCCAAAUUUCCUCUUGUACUGGGGUACAUCAUUUCUUGCUCCCUCUCUCUCCUUGGUGUCAACACAACUUCAGGCUGCUAGUGUAUAAUUAUAACUAUUUAAUUGAAUGUUGUCUGUUGGGAGAAUAGUUCAUUCUUCUUUUCAGGGUCCACUAGCCAAUCAAAGUGGUAGGGGGGCCUAAACAGACAGCAUGGGGGAAAGCAUGAAGUAACUUUAAUUCUAUCUGGGUUAAAGAGCUUGGUGGGUGCCCUGGUAGAUAUCUUGGUAUUACAGUAGGGAGCUUAGCUGUAAAUUGAUCAUAUCAUUAUUUUGUAUAACGUAAGUACUUUGUUAGUAGUAUCUAACAGCCCUUUGUCAGAACAAUAGAGCCUUGGGGUGGGCAUGGUAUUCUUAAUUAUCUGAGGGAAAAUGAGAAAUAAGUCCAGCAGCAUGCCUUUUGAGUAUUUAGUUGUUGGACAGAUAACUUUUACAAGGAGACAGAUUCUGUAUAAAUGUUUGGUGCUGUGAUCUUAAGUUGGCUUACAGAAAAAAAGUUCUGCUUGCCUCGAGGGGGCUUUCCUUAAACUAUGUAAAGGAAUGCAAAGUCUUUUAUUUGGCUGGAAGUUUCAGUUUGGCAUUCAGCACUGGACAUUUCUCAGUACACUGACUAAAUUAAACAUUCAAACUUGCACUGUUCUUUUGUCUUUGCUUUUAAACAUUGAUCUCUAUGAUUUAAUUUAAUGUAAUUUAAUACAAAAUCCCAACGUACGUCAAAGUUAAACUAAAUGAAAUAAAUUGACAAAAUAUG